GACAAGAAAAAAAGUAGUAAAGAAGGAAAGUUGAAAAAAACAAAAUUAAAAUUGCAACCACCGCAUUCGUUGAUGAACUCGUAGAAUCUUAGGUGAGACUCGAGAGAGCGACCAUAGAGGAAAGCAAAAGAGGCUUCAUUGCUGAAAUUAGUUAUUAGCAUCUCCUUUUGGACCGACCGGUAGAAACAUUUAAUUUAGUUGUUCUCUUUCUAGUUUCUUCGUAUCUCUCUUACACGGUAGUGUUCUUUCGUGUCUCGACUUCUCAAAUUUUCUUUUCUUUUUCUGCUUUUUUGUUUGGGUGAGGGGAUUUUGACUUUCCCGGGAAACCUCGGGAAAAUAAGAAAAAAUGGUUAGAAUGACGAAAAUGCCACUGAGCUUAACGCCUAUGGAGCUUCCAGCUCUGGUGUCCAAUUGGUGGGACGAGAUCAAUGACUCGACUCAAUGGCAGGAUGGCAUCUUCUACACUCUCUGCGCCACUUAUGCCCUAGUUUCCUCCGUUGCUUUGAUACAAUUAAUAAGGAUAGAAUUGAGAGUGCCUGAAUAUGGUUGGACGACGCAGAAGGUUUUCCAUCUUAUGAACUUCAUUGUUAAUGGAGGUCAUUUCAAAGUCUUCAAAACACAUGGGAGUGUUUUCUAUUACAUAGUUAUUAGGAUUAUAAGAUGUAAGUUUGGUUUUUUGAUUGUGAGUUUUCUUGUUAUUGCAGUGCGUGCUAUUGUGUUUGGAUUUCACAAUCAAGUAUUUGUAUUGCAUCCCAAGGUACUCACAUUCGUACUGUUGGAUCUACCAGGCCUUCUAUUUUUCUCCACAUACGCAUUACUUGUCCUGUUUUGGGCAGAAAUUUAUCAUCAGGCAAGAAGUUUACCAACGGAUAAACUCAGAAUUUUUUUUGUAUCAAUCAAUGUUGUUAUAUACUUUAUACAGGUCUGCAUUUGGGUGUACCUCUGGAUAGAUGACAACAACGUGGUGGAAUUCAUUGGAAAAAUAUUUAUUGCUGUGGUGUCAUUUAUAGCUGCUUUAGGAUUCUUGUUGUAUGGUGGAAGAUUAUUUUUUAUGCUACGACGUUUCCCUAUUGAAUCAAAAGGAAGAAGGAAGAAGCUUCAUGAGGUUGGAUCUGUUACAGCCAUUUGUUUCACCUGCUUCCUUAUUAGGUGCUUUGUGGUGGUUUUAUCUGCUUUUGAUUCAGAUGCGUCACUUGAUGUUUUGGACCAUCCAGUUUUAAACUUGAUCUAUUACAUGCUGGUUGAGAUCUUACCUUCAGCUCUAGUCUUGUACAUCCUGCGAAAGUUGCCUCCAAAGAGAAUAUCUGCCCAAUAUCACCCCAUCCGGUAGCCUGAAUGCUUCUUUGUUCGUAGGAUUGUAUUUCCCCCUAGAAAAAUGGUUUUGGCAUGGUUUGGACUUUGGAGGAUUAGUUAGUGUUGGAGUCGAGCGAGGGAAAUGGAGCCAGAGAACAAUCCAGAAGUAGAACUGGAACGGCUGAUGGUGCUGGCAAAACUUUUUACGUGUAUACAUAGCUAUUUGCAGCUUUCUUAGAAGGAGAUCAUUCAAUUGAUUUCUUCAUGGGUUAUUUGAUCGAAUGGUUGUUAAUCGACACUUGUGCAUUAUUGGUUGAGAAUUGGAAGAUUAUUUUUUUUUUUUCUUGUAGGUUCAAUCGUCGAUGUAGUAGUUCUUCCAUGUCUGUUCUUAGAGAUUGAGUUUUGUUUUGUGUUUUGUAGCUGUUUUUUUCAGCAUUUAUCCUAAGAGUUGAGUAAAUGUUACAUAAUAGUUUGCCUUG